CUUCUAAGGAUGUUUACUCACAAUGAACAGCUUAUUCAGAAGUUAUCAGAGACAGGACCUAUUCGAUAUGCAGCAAGAAUGACAGUGUACUGGUUCUUACAAGCUAAACAAAAAGGUUUCGACAAGUUAUCAAGGCCAGGUCCAAAUUCACCAUCAGAUACAACAACAUCAAUUAAAAGUUUCAGUGACAGAUUUAAAAAUGAGUUAAACAAAGGAUUUCAGGACUUAGAAAAUCAGAGAAGAAAUAAGCAUUGAUGUUAAACCAAAGUUAAAAGAGUUUACAUAUUAAAGUUUGCCAAAUAUUGUAUGUUAUGAAAUGGUACUUGUCACACACUUACUGACAUAAGAAUACAAAAUAUCCCUUGAAAGUACAAAAGCAAUGUUCCUGAUAUAGUAAAAUGUCUGGGAAACUUCUGAAAUUAUCAGCAAAAUCAAGAUUCUGUAUAGGUUUUUACAAAUUUUUCAAACUACUUUUCAAUACAUGCAUGUUUAGUAUACCUUUUUAAGUUUUGCAUACAUUUUAUGUCUACUUAUUUGAAAAUAAUGGCAUUAAAAAUUCACCAUAGCUGAAUAAGUAUCCAUAAUCAAUACAAGCCGCAUGGAGCAAGUCUGCUGCAACUGUUAAGACCUUUCUAACAAAAUUCUAAAGUUAUCUCAGGUUUAUUGAAAAGUAUAUCUUCUCACAGAAGUCUGUCCUAUAAACUGAUUUGUAUUGGCAUAUAUAUUUCACUUUUCGCACUUCGAGAUAUGUAAGAUGAUAUUUUUAUUGUGUCAUUGAAAGGUAUGAAUUGAAUAAGUUAUACAUACAUGUAUGUGUACUACAUGAAUACAUUUGUAUACAUUUUUGUGAACAUAAAUAUACAUAUGUCUUGUUGUUAAGCAUUAUCAAGAAGUAAUUAUUUAAAUAUAUUGCUACUAAAUGAUGUUCUGAAUAUAAGAUCUUGUUAAUAAAUCAUUGUUUUAAA